UUGAACUAAUUCCUCAGGGUCGAACAAGGCGCUAUUCAUCUUUGUGUGUGAUUUAUUGCUUUGGACAUCAGUGUUAGACUUGGUCGUAAUCUUAUUCACGGGUGGCAUUCAAUACAGCAUUUUGUCUUAUCACCAGUUGAUACUGAUUGGUUCUGCGAAAGCUGAAUUUGAAAGUUAUCAGAAACGUACAUUGCAUAAAGUAUAGCUCUCACUCCAUAAUAUACAGUCGCGAACCUCUAGCUAGAUGGAUGUCUACGUGUAGCGCAGCUCGCAACUCUCUGCACUCAAACCUAAAUACAAUCUACAGCACGGUCGCCGCGAAAUACGUGAGCUGCGAGUUUCGCUACGAUCCAAAGGUUAAUUCUCUGCCGCGAUAAUCAUCCUGAGCAAUAAUCAGCACCAGAGCAGUUCAAGAGCGCAGCGUUAUCGCGCCUCAGUUUGUUAAGUUGUUCGAAAGUAUCCAGAACAACCUCAAGUCUUGGGAGAUCUAUCAUCAAGUGCAAUUAUUAUACGCGUGUGGGGCUUUGAAGAAAGAAAUCAUUUCAUUCUAGAAGUAUUACACUGAGAUAGGUAUCUCCGGUUCGAAGUGCGGUUUGGUGAUUACUCAAAAAAAAAAGCUUUAAAAGAUGCCGAGCACGAAGGUCAACCAGGAUCUGCAUAAUGAGCGCGAAAAGUGCUCUUUCAAAAACGAAGAUUUCACCCUGUGGUGGAUCGGUGGCGAGGCCAAACUGAAAGAAAAACGUUCGCGAGAAAAGUUUUUCCUAUCAGAGCCGGAGUUUUUCGACAAAGUUCCUCUGCACUUUGUGUCGCACAAGGAGGUCUACGAGGAAUCGGUCCGCAAAGCCACCGUUAUUUUCCGCAAAGUGAAACAGAUGCAAGAGCAAGGCAAGGAUGGGGUCGAUAAUUACAUGGCUCUGUUGGGAGGUCUGCUGGGAUCAGGUAUCCUGAAGGAAGGAAACCCACUUGCCGUGCAUUUUGUGAUGUUUCUCCCUGCUCUAAUGGGUCAUGGCACUCCGGAGCAACAGGCUGAGUGGAUCGGGCGAGCAUGGAACUGUGAGAUUAUUGGAACGUAUGCACAAACUGAACUAGGUCAUGGCACUUUCAUCAGAGGAUUGGAGACGACGGCGACCUACGAUGAGCGGACGAAGGAAAUUGUGUUGAACAGUCCUUCGUUGUCGUCCUACAAAUGGUGGCCUGGAGGACUUGGUCACACGGCAAACUACUGUGUAGUGAUUGCCCAACUGUAUUCUCAGGGUAAGUGCCAUGGAAUCCAUCCAUUUAUAGUUCAACUGCGUGAUGAAGAAACGCACAUGCCAAUGCCUGGAAUUACCAUUGGCGAAAUUGGAAACAAGCUUGGUAUGAAUGGAGUCAACAACGGAUUUCUGGGAUUCAAGAACGUUCGCAUUCCUCGCGCGAACAUGCUGAUGAAGAACGCCAAGCUGCUUGAGGAUGGAACGUUUGUGAAGCCUCCCUCAUCCGUAUUGACGUACGGAACGAUGAUGUUUGUUCGAGUGGUCAUUGUAAGGGAUAUGGCCAAUUAUUUGUCGAAGGCGGUAACAAUUGCCACCCGCUAUUCUUGCGUUCGCAGACAGAGUGUUAUCAAUCCAGAUCAACCCGAGGUGCAAGUCAUCGACCAUCUUACUCAACAAUACAAGCUAUUUCCAGCUAUCGCGAAAAGUAUUAUUUUCAAACUGACUUCGGAUAAUUUGUGGGACAUGUACAACCAGGUGACCUCCGAACUGGACAAGGGAGACCUGGAACGGCUACCGGAGUUGCAUGCGAUUGCCUGUUGCCUGAAGGCUGUUUGUACGGCUGAUGCAGCGCAGGCCGUCGAGACGUGUCGAUUGGCCUGCGGAGGUCACGGAUAUAUGACGUGUUCCAACUUAUUUGGUACCUAUGGCAUGGUUACUGCUGCGUGUACGUAUGAAGGCGAAAACACCGUUCUGCUAUUGCAAACAGCGAGAUACUUAUUGAAAGUAUGGACUCAAGCUCAGAAAGGACAGGAACUUGUCCCAACCGUACAGUAUCUGAAAAAGUUCCUCUCCAGCAAUCAACGCCAAACUUGGGACGAUUCGGUGCCUGGAAUUAUUGCCGCACUUCAAACUGUUGCUGCUGGAAAGCUUCGUUUGGCAAACGAACACAUUGAGCAGCGCAAACGUGCUGGCCGAACGCCUGAGGAAGCCGUCAAUCUAACGUCGAUUGAAUUGGCGCGGACUGCCGACGCUCAUUGUCGGGCUUUCCUGGUGCAGUCGGGUUAUGAGAUGAUUGAAAAAUCUUGUACAAGUGCUCCACCAGAGUUAGCACGUGCUCUGAGAGAUAUCUACGAGUUGUACGCAUAUGACGAGGCUAUGAAAGCUGUCGGAGAUCUGUUGCGGUUCACAACCAUCAGUGAAAGCGAUAUUUCGCGGCUGCAGCAGAAAUUGGAAGACGCCCUAGCUGCCAUUAGACCGAAUGCUGUCGGUAUUGUCGAUUCGUUCGACAUCCCGGAUAUGGUGUUGGGUUCUGCCCUCGGUGCCUAUGAUGGAAACGUUUACGAGCGUCUGUUCGAAGAGGCUAAAAAGAGUCCACUCAAUCAGGAACCAGUCAACAAAUCAUUCCAUCUGUAUCUGAAACCGUUCAUGAAGUCAAACCUAUAAACUAACGGUUAAAUGUGAACGGAUAUAUGAACGAGACUUACUAUAUUAGGGAACGGUGAUAGAUUAUAUGAAUUGUUAACAUAUUUUAUGCACAUUUUAUUCUUGACAAGAAGCAAUUGAACAGAUGGUGAUAUUUUCAAUAAAACUUAAAAGCAUUUUGUACAAACUUGUAAUUAAAAACUA